AUGUCAAGCAUAUAUUGCUAAGCAAUAUCCUAUUUAUGUGUGUCUGAUGGAAAUGCAUGUAUUGAAGCUAAGAUCUGUAAAGAAUACUCACAAACAUAAUGUGAAACAACCCCAAGUAUUUCAGGAAUUCUGAAAUGCAAAUGGGACACAACUGCUGGAACAUGUAGAGAUUACUCCUGUUCUGAAGCUGAUGUCAGCUUGAAUACUGAUAUUAAAUGUUCAGAUUGGUUAGCUGGUUGUGUGACAAAAGGUUAAGGUUGUGUUAACUCUCCAAGACCAUCAUGUACUACAUACACUGGAGAUGAUGCUGCUUGUUAAUCCUAUAUUGGAUCAGAUGGAAAUUGUGAAUUAGCAACUGGAACAACAAACUGUAAAGCAAAGGAAUGCGCAAAUGCACCAACAUCUUUAUCUACUGAUGAUGACUGUAAGGCCUAUCAAAAAGGAUGUAUCACAACUGGUAAAGGUUGUGUUUAAGCAACAACUAAGCCUUUGUGUUCUAGCUACUCUGGUGAUAACACUACAUGUGUUGGAUAUGUUGGAUCAGAUGGAAUUUGUGAAGGUGACGCUGGAGGAUCUAAGUGUAGAUAAAGGAAAUGUGAAAAUGGUGCAUUCAAUACCGAUGAUCUUUGCAAGUAAUAUUAAUCUACUUGCAAGACCAACGGAAAAGCUUGUGUUUCAUCGCUAUCAGCCUGUAACACAUACAAGGGAACUGCUACAACUUGUGCAGUUUAUAUUGGUACUGAUGGCUAUUGCAAGGGAACAAGCACAACAGCUGAAGCUGCUUGCGCACCAAAGGUUUGCGACGAAGCUCUAGAUACAACUACAACAGACGAGGCUUGUGCCAAAUAUUAGGUUGGAUGUGUUACAACAGGAAAAGGAUGUAUUUCAAAGACCAAUUUGAAAUCUUGUACUACUUAUGAUGGAGAUGCCACCAGUUGUUAAUCAAGAGUAGGAUCUGAAGGAAAAUGUACAUGGAAGAGUGGAACCAAAUGUGUUGCUAGAGAUUGUGUUUCUGCACCAAGUUCUGUAAACACAAACCCACUUUGUGCCAAUUAUUUCACUAAAUGUGUGACAACAGGAUCUGGAUGUGUUUCAUAAACUACUUGUGAUUUAACAGUCAAAUAACAAAGUUGUGAAGGUACUGACGGCUGUUCCUGGUAACCAAUAUGUACUAGUAAUGCAUAAUGCUCUGAUUUUAAGAAGAAAUCAAUUUGUUUGGCAAACCAAGCUAGAGUCGAAACUUUUGUUAAGUAUGAUGAUAAUGGAAAAGCCGUCUACAAUUAUGUAUCUACAAAAUGUGGUUGGUUAAAUAAUGCUUGCAAAGUUUUGGCAUGCUCAGAUUUAACAGGAGCUUAUUACAAUAAUGAUGCUAAUUGUUAAGCAGAACUACCAUCAUGUAUCAGUAAUAGAGUUGAUGGAUGCAUAACCAAAUAAGAUUGCGGUAAACUUUUUGGAAAUCAAGCCACUUGUUUAAGUUACCCAGGAUAUUGUACCAAUGUAUCAACAGCCACUGAAACCACUGCUUGUAUCUAAAAGAAGUGCUCAGAUAAUACUGAUACUAAUGCCGAUAAUGCUGCAUGUGCUACAUUCUUACCUGGAUGCAUUAGCAAUGGAAAGGGCUGUAUUGAUUACACUACCCUUUGCACAUCUAUGAAAGGUACAUAGGAAACAUGCAACAAGUUAUAUGCUUAUAAGAGUGGAGGUUCCUUUGAUACUUUAGUAACAAAUCAAUGUUAUAACACAUCAACAGCAACUGAAAAUGAUUUCUGUUAAGUGAAAACAUGCAAAUUGGCUACAAACCAAACUGAUAGUUCAUGUGGUUAAUUCUUAGAAGGAUGUGUUUAUAAUGGAAAUGGAGGAUGCGUUGAUCCAAAAGCUAGUGAUACAUCUUGUGGAAGCUAUACAGGUGUCUCAGCAUUUUGCUCCACAGCCAUUGUUAAAGAUAAUAGUGCUGGAUAUUGUUUUGGAACAGCCACAUCAGGUACUUGCACCUAAAGACAAUGUACAGAUGACACAACAAGCACUAAAGAUGACUAAUGUGAUACCUUCUUAUCAGGAUGUAUUGCUAAAUCUGAUGGAGGUUGUGCUAAGAGAGACUCAAGAAGCUGCGCCUAAUAAACAGGAACAGUUACUACAUGCUCUAAUUUCAGCGGUGGAUUAUAAGUUGAUUCAAAAUGGAAUAAGAUUGCAUGCGUCAAAUAUGAUGCUUGUUAACUUAGAGGAUGCACAGAUAAAACCAAUCCUUAAACAGCCUAGGAUUGUUAUGAUUACAAAACAUCAUGUAGAUUCUUUAAGGCCGGAGCUGCCUGUAUCGAUGCAGUAGCUUGUAGCAGUUACACCCUUCCUGAUACAGCCACAACUGAACAAUAGAAGUUUGAUUAUUGUACAGGAACCAAAAAUGCUAGUGGAAUACUAUGUGGUUAUACAAAGGGAGCAACUAAGUGUUCAGAUAGAACUUGUGACUAAUUUUUGAGCACCUAUACCACCUUAGCAUGCAGUUCAUAUUUGUAAAAGAAUGUAUCCACUACAGGUGAUGAUGUAUGUUCAUCAGCUGGAACUUAUUGUUAUUUACAAGAUAAAACUGAUUGUGCAUACGCUUUCCCCUCUGGAAUCUUGGAGGCUGAUAAAUUAAGUUAUUGCUAGAAAUUCAAAGACAAGACAGGCAUAUUAUGCUCAUAUAAAACUUCAGAUGCAGCUUGUAGUGCAUAAGACACUUGUGAGAAGGUAGUCUCUCAGACAUCUGCUGUGGCUUGUAAUGAUGUACUAGUUUAUGAAAAAGCAAUAUGCUAAAGACCUACUCCAAGCACAAAAUGCUUAUCUACAGUUACUGCAUGCUCAGCCUUUACUCUAGAAACAGGGCUUACUGAUGCAAAUAAAAAGACAAUCUGUGAAUCUUUGAGACCAGUUGAUGCUACUGCUAAUUUUGGUACUGGAACUGCAGUAUAUUCUUGGUGUACUUGGGUAAGCGGUGCUAAUUGCGCAGAUAUUACAUGCAGUGCUAUAUAAUCACCAACCAGUUAAACUGAUUGUGACAAAAAAAAGACAGGAUGUUAUUAUUAUGCUUCUAAAUGUUAUGACCCAGUUGCUGCUAAUGCUUGCCCAACAACAUUUCCAACUGGUGUAGACACAGAUAUCAAAAAGGUGAAUUACUGUAAAUCAGUAUAUGAAACAGCCAAGGGAUUCUGUGAGAUAAAAAAAGAUGGCUCAGGUUGUCAAACUGGAGCUAAUGAUAAAUGCACUGUAAUUCUAACAGACGCUUGGACAGGUAACUUUAUGGGUGCUGCAGUAACAACUGCUGCUAUCUGCCCAACUUUAUCAUCGAAUGAUAAAACAAAACUCUGCAUAAAAGAUGGUGAUACGGCUUGUAAAGCAGGAGGAACUUGUGAAGACAUCCCAUCCCCAAACAAUCAAGGAGAUUGUGAUUUACAUUUAAAGGGAUGUGUAUAUGCAGCUACUAAAUGUAGAACACCAAAGUUAGCGACAAUUGCGGCUGCAGGAGAUUGUGCAAAAACAACUAUUGUUCCAUUUGCUGCUGAUGUUACUGGUCUUUCUGGAAGUGAAAAAACAGCAUAUUGUUAAAUCUUCUCAUAAGAUGGAACACAGCUCUUUUGUACUUAUGAUUAGUAUAAUGACACAACAUAAACAGUUUGUGCUGAUGCGGGUAAUUGUGAUACUUACAAAUUACCAACAGGUGAUGAAGCAAGAAAAACUUAUUGUUUGAGUAAGAUCACCGCUGCUGGUAAAAAAUGUGGAUUCACAGCAGGAAAAGACAAAUGUAGAGAUUUUGAUUGCUAAGAUAUUUCAAGUCCAACAUCAUAAGUCGAUUGCGAUCUCAAUUCAAAUAAAUUAAAAUGUUUUUACUUUAAAGGAACAUGUGUCAAUCAUGCUGCAACUUGUGAUGUAGUUCCAGUUGUUGGAGGAACAUUAAGUGAUAAACAAGCAUACUGCAAAGGUCUUGGUCUUACAGAUAAAUGUACUUAUUCAGUUGGAGCUUAUUGUGCAAAAGUGGAUGCAUGCGACAAAUAUAGUGUGAAAGAUGUAACAGAUAAAACUGCUACCUGCGGAACUUUAGUUAAUGCAACUGGAGCAAAAUGUACAUACAUUUAGGGUGAUUUCUGUGUCAAAUAAGAUACAUGUGAUAAAUAUGAUGGUAGUACACCAGUAAAUGGACCAGAAGCAGGAAAAGAGGAGGCUUAAUGCAAAGCAGUUAAGUCAACUACUGGAUAUCCAUGCAUAGUAGAUUCUACUAAACCUAAGUUAUGCAAAGCAUAGACUUGUGCUGAUAAUAAUGCCAGUGCCGCAGAAUGUAGUAGUAAUGCUGCUGAUUGCCUCUAUUAUUAGAGCAAAUGCAUCUCAAAAAAUACUUGUGGUGGUUACACCCCAGUAGGUGAUGAUCCUACAGCUAAAUAAACUUGGUGUGAAGGAGUUUAGAAUUCUACUGGAGACUAUUGUGCUUGGGAUUCAGCAACUUCAAAAUGUAAAGAUAGAGGUUGCGGCGAUAAAUAAUUUUAUACAGAUUUUGAUUGCUAAAAUUACCUUAAAGCCUGUAAGACUGAUGGAACCAAGUGCGUUGCAGUAGCUACAGCAUGUACUUCAUUCAGUGGUUCAGGAGAUUAUUGCAAUGGUUUAUUGGAUCCAACAGGUAAAGAUAAAUGCAAACCAUUGGCCACUGCUACCACCACAAUUUCUGCAUGUGCUAACAGAACAUGUUAUGACAAUGUAACAGCCGAAUCUGAUCCUGAUUGUGAUACCUAUUUGAGUGGAUGUGUCACACGUGGAAAAGGAUGUAUUCCAAAUACAGUUGCAUGUACAGCAUACAGAGGAACCAAAACAUAAUGUGAAGCUUUCAAAUAAUACACUGGAGUAGAUGCUAAUAAGAAUCCCAUUUAUGUUUAUUGUUCUGGUGAUGCUAGCAACAUUGCCACUAGUGCUUGUAAAUCUAGAACUUGCGCAGACAAUACAACAUCUACCUCAGAUACUGAAUGUGCAUAAUAUUUGAAGGGUUGUAUUACCAAAGGAACUGGAUGUGUUGAUGCAACAUCAUAAUGUACUGUAUUUAAGGGACUUUAAACAACUUGCUCUAAAUUCAUGGGAAAUUCAGGCAAAGAUUACUGUUGGAAUGCUUCAAAUGCAGUGGAAACAGCUAGUUGCCAAAAGAAGAAGUGCACUGAUAUUUCUGGUAAAAACAACGACGAAUGUUAGAGUGGCAUGCCAGUAUUCAAGAAAGGCGAUGAUCCUUUCUGCGUUUAUGAUGGAGCUGGUUGCGUUGAUUAUGGAAAGAUUUGUAGUUAAUUCAACGGAACUGAAGAAACAUGUCCCUCAUUCUUGGCCAAAGAUGGUCCAUGCAAGGCUACUACAGUAGGAACUAUCAAAGGAGCAUGUGCUAAGAGAGUAUGCACAGAAGCACCUAAUACUAUUACCACUGAUGCUGAAUGUUAGAAAUAUCAUUCAUCUUGUUAUACAACUGGUUAUGGAUGCUCUUCUGUUAAGCAAUGCUCAAAUUUAACAAGCCAAGCCUCAUGCAAAUUGAGAGAGGAAUGCACAUGGGCCAAUUUAUGCGCAAGUUCAAGUACUACAUGCUCUACUUUUAAUGGUCAAGGUUACUCAUAAUGUACCAAUUCUAAAGUCAAUGGUAAGUUCUGUGCUUGGUAAGAGUCUAGCUCAACUUGCAGAGCUUAAGUCUGUGAAGAUCAACCAGCAACCAUUGCUUCCCAUGCUCAAUGCCAAGCAUUUUCUGAUAAUUGCACAACAACUGGAGCUGGCUGUAUAACUAUUACCACAUGUCCAUUAUACAAAACUCAAUCUAUCUGUGUUGCUGCCUCAGCAUCCAAGGAUGGAGUUCAAAGAUGUGGUUGGGAUGCCACUUUAAAUAAAUGCAGAGCCAGAGCUUGCAGUGACAAAAAUGGAUUAACUGACGACGAGUGUAACACUUUCUUGGCAGGUUGCAAGACAAACGGAGUUGGUUGUGUAGCUGGAACCUCAUGUACUGAGUUCACUAAUAAAUCAUUCUGUCUCAUUUCUAAAGCUGGACCAUGUCUUUGGGUUAAUCAAUCAUGUUAUGAUUACGAUAGAUGCGAAGAUGCAGUCAAAAAGUCACACCCAGAAUGCUAAGCAUUUUCACCAUUAUGCACAACCAACGGAGAAACAUGUAUACCCAUCACAUCUUGUGCCAAUACAGCAAUUAAGGCUUCUUGUGUUGUUGGAACUGAUGGUCCUUGUGGAUGGUUGCCAACUGGAAAAUGUUAGAAGUUUGGAUUAUGCACAGAUGCUGUCGCUGCUACCAAUGAUGAAUGUAUGUCUUAUGGAACUACUUGUAUUACUGAUGGAGCAGCUUGCAUUGCCAAAACCACUUGUGGUUCAUACAAGACAUAAACAGCUUGCAAUAACAAUGGAACCGAUGGUAUUUGCUAUUGGAAUGCCACAGCUAAUACUUGUAAAUUGAAGGAGUGCGGCGAUGAGCAAAAGGGUACAAAUGACCAAUGCAAACUCAUCUCUGUCACUGGAGGAUCAUGCACUACCGAUGGAACCAAAUGCAUCCCAUUAUCCACUUGCUCAAGCUACCUUGAAGCUGGAUGUUUCACAGGAACCGACGGAGAAUGUACCUUUGCAUUACCAAUUGGAGCUACCACUGGAACCAAGGCCUGCAGAUAGAAGCAAUGUGAAGACAUCACUGGAGGAACAUCAAAUGCUAAUUGUACAGGUAUCAUCACAGGAAAGUCUUGCGUAUCCAAUGGAACCAAUUGUAUUGCCAAGGCUGCUUGCUCAACCUAUAAGACCCUUACUUCAUGUAAUGGAGGUGGCUUAGAAAAUAAUAAAGCAACUGUUUGUGCCUUCACUCCCACUGGAACUGAUAAAGUCAACGGAACUUGCAAGACAUUCACAGCAUGUGCUGAUGCUGUCAAAGACAAAUUAGCUUGCUCAACCAAUCUAUCAUGCAAAUGGACUGAAAACUCAACUGGAACAUCUUGUGCCAAUCACGCAUGUGACACCUUUGCCACAGGAACAGACUGCAGACCAAUUCCCAGCUUUGAUGGUACUUCAUCCACUGUUUGCGUUCUCCAAAGUGGAAAAUGUGCUGCUGCUGACCCAGGAACCAUGACAGAUGCCAAGAUUUGCUACGUCAAAUCAGCUUACACUUAUAGUUGGAAUUCUGCUACCAAUAAAUGUGAAAGUUGUAUCUCAGGAUCUGUCAAUCCAAACAAUUCAAAUGGAACAAACAACAACACAGAUAACGGUACAACUACCACCGACAGUGCUUUCAUCUUGUCAGCCAUUUCACUCGGUCUUUUGGGAUUAAUGGCAUGAUUUUGAUUUUCAUAUUAUAUAUAGGGAAAAUAUUAA